GUCACUCGAGCGGUUCAAGAUGGAGACGACGGUGGAGAAACUGGAGGCCAUGUUCCUAAAGUCUGAGUGUGACCUGGAGUACAUGGAGAGGCGUCUGAAGCUGGACUUCCUGAACAGCGCAGCAGCUGAAGGUUCUUCUGCUCAGGAAAAUGUUUCUGUGAUGCUCGAAAAUCUGAAGAGCAUCAAGAGCAAACACUUGAUGCUGAAAAGUCAGGUGAAGGAGAUCAGAGAGGCACAGAAAGAGUCCAUGGAGUCCAUCAGAACCAACCUGAGCAGGGCCAUGGAGCUCAUCCAACACUGCCAGCAGACGUCUGAUCUUCAGGCUGAGCCAGUGACGGAGUCAGAGCACCAGUCAGCAGUCCUUCUGGGGUCAGAGGGAAUCCCCUACCAUCCAGAGAAUCAAGCAGCUGAAGCUGAACGCGAGUGAUGUCAAGCUGAGGGUCCUGCAACACACCGGGUUGGUGGAUCUGGUCCGGAAAGGUCCAGUCCGUCUCGUGCUGUGACAAUG